AUGAAGUCUCAGAUGAUUUCGCCCUUUAGACUCGGGAGAAGACCGCACGUCCCGAGUAGACUCCUGCACACACAAUGCCGCGCGCCGCGCGCGUUCACGGCGUUAUAUGCGCGUACCUUACGCCAACCGCAGGACACCACAGUCAACCAGCCAGAUACGUCAGGGGGCGUAAAGCUUAAGAUGGCUUCUUUUAUGACUGCUCUGUCUGUGAGGAGACCUGCAGGCUUCUCUCUUUGGAUUUCUGUGUGUCUUCUGCUCAUCUUCAUUAAGAUGUUGACCUCCCUGAUGCUCUUUGCUGGUGUGUUCAUCGUCUCCAAAGAGGCCCUCAUCAGUCCCUUUCAAUUUUGUCCUACGCGUCAACAUGGUGAACUGUCCUGCAACUUGCCCAGGAGACCUAUCAGCGGAGAUGAAUCUGAGAUGAAAAUGAACCUCCUCGCAACCGUGGUGAUCCUGUGUUUGUACAUUCCUGUUGUGUUUGUGGCCUUUGCCCUUCUGGCCAUGCUAUUGGCAGCUUACGCCAAAGACAGAGCAGCACUCUGGUUCAGCACGGCGUGCCAGGCUGCAUCAAGCCUGCUCGUCCUGACUGGAAUUAUAGUUUUUUUGGCCCUCUAUCAGACCUAUGUGAACUGGGAACACAUGACCAUCUGGUUCUACUUAUGUGUGCUUGUGCAAGUGGAGCUGCUUAUUACAACUGUGCUGACUUGCAUUUCCGGAAAGAGGCUAACGUCUGAAUGGGAGUAGAUGUGUCGAAUGACAAGUCCACCUUUAAUCGGGAAGCCAAAGGGCUUGACUACGGUAUAAUUUAAACAGUGUUGAUGCUCUUCACCAUUACAAUGUUUUGUGUAUUUUUACUAAAUGCCUUAGGGCAUAUGCUGCUGAAAACCAUUAAUAUAUAAUUCAUGAUGCGGCAUACUGCACUGCUUUUGUAUUCUGUUGUUAUAUCUCACAAAAAUGAAUUCAAAGAUAAACAUAAUUCAUCCCAGUUGGAU